UGAAUAUUCAUUCAUUUAGUGUUUUGUGAAUCAAUACGUUGAAGCAUUUUGUGCAUUUCUUUGAACGACACGCGCUUUAAAUAUUAACAUGAGCUGCACUCUAGAUCGGCCUUUAAAACAAGGGUAUGUGUGAACUCUCAGGCAAGGUUCCACCGACAAUCACUGGAUUUCAGGACAAUAUCCAAAUGCAUUAGAAGGGCGGUAUUAAUGUUUACCUAGGUUCAUUUUAUUUGAGUUUCCCGGUGCUAUUAUUAAUAUAUAUAAUGCGAUAUUAGGCUAGUGUUUACCUUUUUCAAUUGGAGAUUUGCGAUAUGUUGUAUUGUGUUUUCCCGGUGGGACAUGUAACUCAAGAUGUGGGCAUUAAUGACGAAUGGGCUGUGUAUAAGAGACAAGCGACGGCGACCGAAGGUAGCAAGCACGUCACUGAUAAUUACGAUGUGCCCAUGAUAGGGUUUCUCAUUACCGGGGAGCGCUAAUUACACGGAAUUACCAUUCUUACUUAAUUGACGUACACGACAUGACGAAUAAGAGACCCUGAUGUCAACAUGACAGAAAAUUUGAAUCCAACGAAUGUUGAAAAUUACCUGAUCAAGAACCCUGAAUUCUUAAAGUCUUAUUUAAGUAAGCAUGGUGCUCCAGACAUCACACACAAAGAUGGGAGCCAUUCUGAACCUUCAUCUCCGGAAAUCAAAAUUAAAAGACUCCCUAACUUCACAAGUGGAAGAGGAAAUUCUAUCACAACAUCCAUAUUCAAGAAAUAUGUGGAAGGGAACUUGGAAAGAAUUAAAAAGACAUCCAAGGAUAGGAAUCAAUUGCUUAGCAUGUCAGAAGAUGAAGUUUUUAUGGAACUUAUCAGGGACAUAGCAACUGAGUUAGAUGUUAAUGUAUUGUGUCAUAAAAUUCUAAAGAAUGUGAGUAUUUUGACGAGAAGUGAUCGAGGUAGUUUAUUUUUGGUGCGAGGAUCUAAAGGCAACCGAUAUCUUGUGUCCAAGUUGUUUGAUGUGACAGAAGUUUCAACCAUAAGCGAAAGUUUACAUACAGAAGAAACGGAAAUUAUAGUUCCAUUUGGGAAAGGAAUUGCGGGAUUUGUGGCGGAAAGCAAAGACACAGUAAACAUCAAGGAUGCAUAUGAGGAUCCCAGGUUUAACAAGGAUGUUGAUCUAAAGACAGGUUACCGAACUCACAGUAUUUUAUGUAUGCCUAUCCUUAACUACGAGGGGGAGGUGAUAGGCGUGGCUCAGAUUAUCAACAAAGUGACGGGGAAUCACGAGUUUACGAAGCAGGAUGAAGAUGUUUUCCGGAAGUACCUCAUAUUUUGUGGAAUUGGUAUUACAAAUGCUCAGUUGUUUGAGUUAUCAGUACAGGAGUACAAAAGAAAUCAGCUGUUGCUGAACCUUGCCCGAGGCAUUUUUGAGGAGCAGACCAGCUUAGAACGCCUCAUUCAGAAAGUGAUGUUAGAUUCUCAGGACAUGCUGAAAUGUGAGCGCUGUACAGUAUACCUAACGGAGGAGUCCAUGAGCAAGGGUGGGAAAAACUUGACAGGCAUGUUUGCAAAGAUUCUCAAGAAGCAAUUUUACAAGCUACUUGCUUUGGCGGUGCAUCAGGAUCCCCACCCAGAGGAGGACUCCAAUGUCCAGGCCAAGGCCAAACCUACCUCAACUAAGGAUGUUCUUUUCUCCAUGGCUUUUGAUUUAUAUGCAAAAGAUGGAGGCAAUAUUAGAGUUCCCAGUGCUGCAGAAGUGGCAAAGUCUCGGAAUGCUGAAAUAGCACGACAUGUGGUUCUAAAGGGAACUCCACUCAAUGUGUCAGAGAUUCAAAUCGAUGCAAUGUUUGGGAAAAUAGGGGGAUUUGAGGAUGAUGGAUUCAAAACCAAAAAUAUGUUAUGCAUGCCAAUUUUCAACAAUGAAAAGAAAAUCAUUGGUGUUACUCUACUAGUCAACAAGCUGAACGGUGUACCAUUUAAUGAGAAUGACGCAAAUAUUAUCGAGGCAUUCUCUAUCUUUACUGGUCUUGGCAUCCACAAUUGUCAAAUGUAUGAAAACGCAUGUCGGUUGAUGGCCAAGCAGACAGUUGCACUUGAAGUUUUGUCUUAUCAUGCAACAGCUCAGCAAGAGGAGACAGAUAAACUGAUGGCAAGUGAGUUUCCACCAGGUAAAGACAUUGGAUUAUACACCUUUGAGUUCAACGACAUUCCUUUGGAUGAACUGGAGACUGUCAAGUGUACCAUCACAAUGUUCCAAGAGGCAAAUCUUUUGGCAGAGUUUAAAAUUCCUCUGGAGGUGAUUUGUCGAUGGACACUAAGUGUGAAGAAGAACUACAGACCAGUGACAUAUCAUAACUGGCGCCAUGCUUUCAAUGUUACUCAAACUAUGUUCACAAUAUUAUAUACUGGGGGGUUAAUAAAGAAAUUUGAGGGACUAGAGGUUUUGGGUUUACUUGUGGCUUGCUUGUGUCAUGACUUAGACCACAGAGGAACAAAUAAUGCAUUCCAAGUCAAGGUGGCUUCACCUUUGGCUAUGCUGUAUAGUACCUCGGUGAUGGAGCAUCAUCAUUUCGAUCAUUGCAUCAUGAUUUUGAACAGUGAGGGUAAUAACAUUUUCCAAUCACUAUCACCUGCACAAUACAGGAACGUCAUCAAGAUGUUGGAGCAUGCCAUCCUGUCCACUGAUUUGGCGCUGUAUUUUAAGAAACGGGGAGACUUUCAAAAGCUUGUUCAAGAAGGAGAAACAGAGUACACAGAACCAUACAAAAAGGACCUCCUAAAAGCCAUGAUGAUGACAGCUUGUGAUGUGGCCGCCAUUACUAAACCAUGGGAAAUACAGGAGAAGGUUGCUCAGCUAGUGGCCAAUGAGUUCUUUGAGCAGGGGGACAAAGAGAGGACCGAGCUGGGAGAGACACCAAUGGCAAUGAUGGACAGGGAGAAGAAAGAUGAACUCCCUAAAAUGCAAGUUGGGUUCAUUGAUGCAAUUUGUCUUCCAAUAUACAAGAUGUUUGCCGAGAUGAAUCAGAGUUUGCGCCCGUUGUACGACGGUGUGAUGGACAACAAGAAGCACUGGCAGGAGUUGGCGGACGAUCAUGAACGUAAGACAACAGGGAAGAUAAAUGAUGAGGAUUCUGAACCUGUCCAGCGUAAUCGCAGCCCCGAACAAAAUGGUCUCCCCCAGAAGUCCGAUAGCAAAGAACACAAGAGAAAGGAACCUGAAGUGCAGUUUGAAAAGAAAGUGAAAAUUGUGGAGCCUAAGAAAACUAAAGUCUGUGUUCUUCUCUGAGGAUUCCUGCAGCAGGAAAUGGCCACAUCCAAGAUUCAUCUUGGUGUACUGCUAAUUCACAAGAGACUCGAAGCAACCUAGCAUUCGUUUCUUUACUGUAAUCAGUGCAUUUUUCUUUAAGUUUAGUAUAAAGGUUAGGUACAUGUAGCACCAACUUCGAUUUAGACUAUUUUUUUCUAUCCUUCACUGUUAUAAGCAGGAGUGUGUAUGUGUAUGCAAAACAGUCCAUAAUUCUCCAGAGAUCUUGAUAUUGUUAAUGGUUCAAGUAUGUAUACUGUACAUUCUCUUGUAAAGAGAAAAGGGAACUGUUUGUUUCUGCGAUAUUAAUUAGCUGGUAGCUAAAAAAAAUGUUUGUUAUUGUAGCAUAAUACUUUAAAUGUCUUAUAUUUCUGUAUGUUGUUAAAUAUUUUUUAAAUGGUAGAGAGGGUAGCAUUAGAUGUAUAUAUGAAUGUUUUUAUAACUGAAACUGUGAUACAAGAAUUGUAGUUGUGAUAACUGCUCUCUCUCUCUCUCUCUCUCUCUCUCUCUCUCUGUUUUUCAUUUUAUUCAUUUUUAAAUAUUUUAAAUGAUUGUAGUUCUCAUUAUUUAUUAUUUUAUUCCAAUUUCAUGUCAAGAUCAAUACUUGUAGACAUACAGUGUACUAGGAUAAAACCAGCUGUAUAUAUAUAUUUAUCAAAUAAGUUUAACUACAAAGCUUAAAUGUAAAUCUUCUUUGAUUUAUAGAAUGAUAGAUGGUGCGUGUGAGUGAAACUUUAAUUAGUAUAGCUGAAACAUAACCAUGCACAUACAGUAUAUGAGGUUCUCCAAACUGUGAAAGAGUGCAUGGAGCUUUAGUAUGUGUUAACAGAGUCUUGAAAUCCAUAGACAAUUCUAGAGGGUAACGGAUGUAACUUAUUGCUCUGUAUCUGAAGAAUAUGUGUACAUGUAAUUAUAUUGUGAAAUAGUUGCAUGGCCAUUGGGUAUUUUUUCAGGUGAAGCAAUUCUUGAACUAGUAUUGAUGGAAGAAAGAACUUAGUCACAUAUUUUUGUAUUAUUUUAUUAAUAAUACAUGUAUCAAAAUGUUUAAAUCCAUAUAUAUACUUGAGAUCCUGUAUAGAAAUGUGUGGUUAUUUGUUAUUUAGUACCGGGAUAUUGUUUUUAUUCAAAAUCCACCCUUGCAUUCUAACUACAGGCAUGUUUAUAACAUUCUUGGAACAAAAGCGUAGGUGUGUACUAUGAGUGACAUUGAAUUUAGCUGAUCACAGUAUGUUUUAGUUUUUAUGGUAUUCAAGCAAGAAAUAUUACCUUUGAUAACUGAUAUUAUUCUAUCUUUUAUAUAUUGAUAACCAAGUCUAAUGCUGUUGAAGAGAAGAUGAUCUGACUUUGUAACAUUGUAAGAAAAUGUCUCCUAUAGGCUUCAAUCAGCAGGAUGACUCAGAUUAAUCGCCUGUAAACUUUCUAAUUUAUUUCUAACAUAAUGAGUUGUUAGUAGUUGUUAUCUACAUUAAAUGGUUGUUGAAAUGUC